CAUGACCUGUCAAGUAGGAAGUGUCUAGUUGAGCCCUCGAGCACACCAACGCAAGACGAAGGAAGGAGCCGAGAAAUCACCACUGUCUAUAGUGUCGUCAUUUUACCCGGUAGACUGAUAUAUUUCGCCGUUUUUCGAAUUGAAGUCGCUAAAUUAAUCGGCCGCAGUCAUGAACGGGAAGGUGUUUUUUUUCGCCGCAGCCUUGGCUUUGAUUGGCGCAUCUGCCGCGUCAGACUCAGAUGAAUGUCUUGCCCUCUCAUGUGCGGAGUGUGAGAGCUCGAGCGAGUGCCAGUGGGCCAACUGCACAUCAUCAUCCCUUGGUUGCCACAAUAUUACUCUAAUGAAAGCAGAAAACGACACCUGUAGCGACGCUAGCUGCUCUGCUGUUGUGUCAACCGUCCAGGCUCCCAAUCCCUCGUCCGUUGCCUCUGCCACUGCCAUCCCCCCCACCUCUGUUGUUACCACCUAUAACGGCAGCAGCCCUCUGCCCACCACAGCUACAGGCAACACGACUAACGUGACCACUGCUGUUCCAACGUCCGCUCCUAACAUCUCCACCACCGCCAUUGUGUCUACUGCAUCCUCUAAUUCAAGCACCAUAAAUACCAGCGCCACCCCUGUGACAUCCUCUCCCGAUCCCCACAAGAACUCAACCUUCGACGCCGCCAGCUUCAUCGGCGGCAUCGUGCUGGUGCUGGGCCUCCAAGCCGUCAUCUUCUUCCUGUACAAGUUCUGCAAGUCCAAGGACCGCAACUACCACACCCUUUGAAACCACACAUUCAAGGUCCACAAUCUCUCAGCUAAUAAUACCCCACAAAGCAAAUCUCUUCCAUACUUUUUCUCCCCCAUCGUGAUGGACUCAAACAGUGUUUUCCAAACAUCUACAUCUUUGUGCAACUCUUGCUUUCAGAUGUGGGUCAGUAUCAGGACACCCAUGCAUGCUUUGUUUGGGUGAUUGCACAAUCAGGUAUCAUCUGACAGUUACAAUGUAUAUACAACAGCUUUGAUUUGGAACCACUGUUUGACUUCAAAAUGUGACGGCAAAGGUUGAGCUUAGUGUUGAGCCAGUUGAAUCCUGGCUCGACUGUUCCCUCUCCCUGAUACGGUUUUAUCUUUUAUAUGUUGGUGAUAGAUGAUAUAAAAGAGGAUAUCUUACCCACGAGGGGUUACAAUCAACACAAUUAAAAAGCCAUUGAUGAGGCGAGUGGCUCCUCUCUAGGAGGGCUGUAGAUUUUCAGUUUUUGUGGUUGACUUUCUGGGCAAAGCUCAGCCAAAACCAGUACUAAAGAUAUUGCUGCCCUAGGAGCAGUUUGAUGCAAUAAAACAUCAAGUCCAUUUCCUGUCUUGUCACCUGGUUUGGUCGUUGAGGUGGUUCUAAAGAUUGUACAGUAUUUUUUAGCAAUCUAGCUAAUUUGCUUAUCGUAUUGAAGAGAAAUGGAAGCGGCAUGCACUUUUCCUAGGUGUGGUAGUAAGUGGCAAUAGGUGUUAAGUGCCUUUUAAUGUCCAGUGUGGUUUAAGAGGGGAAAGUGAGGAAGGUUGAUUGUAUUUCUACCUGAUUGAGGCCUGAGUGUAAUUAAUUGUAUCCCAGCUGGACUGAAGAGCCUUAGUUAAUGAAGACCAUAGAAUAUAAGAAGCCGAAGCAUUCAAGGCGUAUGAGUAGUAGUCAUAUUUAACAUCCACCUGAAGUCACCCCUUCCCCCGCCCCCAUGCAUGCAUGGCCUUCUACGCACUCAUCAUUGGGUGCUUCCAAUGUGGGAGGCUUUAAUAGUCAAAUACUUGAGUAUUGAAGGGGUCUGAGUUGAGUUAUAAAUGAGGUCGGCUGCUAUUGCGUGAUUUUCAUUUUGUCUGUACCCUGUGCAAAUUAAUUCCUGGCAUUGUAGCUGUUGAGUUCAGGGAAGGCUUAAUGAAGGAGUGUUAUUUUUUUGCUUGUCAUUUCAUUGUUUUUGUUCAAGUCCCCCACUUGUUUUGCAUGCUGGAUGCAUCCACCCCUCUAAUACUUGCCUAUAAGCCUGCAAUUAUUCAUACACUGGGCUAAUUUUGAGUUAAAUUACAUUUAGGACAUGAGAAAUGUUCAAAAGACUACAGUAAAUUGCUUAAGCAUGUAAAAUAUUUCCUUUAAUGUGUAUGUCCCACAUCUAAAUUAUACCUUCCCUUUUAUAUCCAAUGUUAAUUUGUACUUGAUUAGAAUGAUCUCAUGUAAUUUAAAAUAAAUCAUAUAAUCUAAUGAUAAAGAAGCCAGGGAUUUAUGAUCGCAAACAUGGAUGAAAAGGCCAUUUGUGCUUGCUUUAUCAGUAAAAUUGAUCACAGCAUUGUAGUCAAUGGAUGACAAAAUGUACCUAAAUCCUGAUAUGUUUACUAAUCAAUUCUCUAACACGGCUUCCUACUCUUACCACAUUUGUGAGGCAUUUACAGCUGAAGGAUACACUCAAAUUAAUUAAUUAAAAAUCACUUAAACUCAAUUUUCCCCCAGUUUAUGAAUGACAUUUAGCUUAAUUGUACAUGCGCCUCUGGAUUUCCACUCUGAAAAACCACUUAAGUCCUAAGAAGAAUGCCUUGAAACACCAAGCUGUACACCCAAAUCCCUCUGUUUUGGCAUGGAACUCAAGCGCUGCGCUAACCAGCUUUGUUUGUACUACUAGUACACCUGUUUGUAUGGUUCCGCCAAAAAAGUACCUUAAAAGCUUAUGUGUGUGUGUGUGUGUGUACAAUAUUAACCCAUCUGAAUAUUUCAUGAUAGUGUGUACCCUGGUAGCAUUAGGCUACAGCCCAAAGACACACGCCUUCGCCGUGCCUCGUUUCUGCUCAUUCACUGGCCAAAUUUAGAGAAAUAUUUGUUGACCGGUCGCCAUGCAGUCGCUGCAUUCCUACCAAAAAAAUGUUGCUGUCUGGCAUCCAACACAUGUUCAUUGUGUGCUUCUUACUCAGUCACUUGCACAUCUUCGGGAAAAGUGCCUUAUUAUUCAGUUCCAAGUUGGUUUGUAUAGCUGCAGUCCUCUUCAUAGACGUGAUAACAAGUACUUUCAAACCCAAAUGUCGGUCGUCUUUUCUGUUUUCUUUGCUCUGUCACGCCCAGCCUUAACUUUGAAAUCAUCUGUGUGAUUGAGAAAGCAACUCACCUUGUUUAAAUGCUGCUACAGGGCUGCCCACUUGCUUGUUAAAUGACAUCUCCUCCAAUCAGUGGCUGCUUUUCUUUUCUUUUCUUUUUUUUUUAAGUGUAACUCCCGUUGUCUCCCAUCCAAAGUCACCUUGCCACCAAGCGCUUCAGAUCAGGUUUGCUUUUCCAGGAUUGUCCCCCUGUUGGAUUUAUGUAGGUUGUCCUAUAAAUAUAAAUAUAAACCGUUCAAAGUUUGGAUAUAUGAUGCUAGCUUGUAGCUAUGAAACCUAUAAAAUAUGAGAAAGUAUUUUGGGGGGCUGUCUUUCUAGUCAAUACGAUCUGAUGUAAAAUAAAGCAACCAACUAACGCAUAGCAGUGUGUCUAGCUCCGCUCUUGACAAGCGUUCCAAGAUAUAUUAAAAAAAAAAGACUUACCGCUCAGUGCAAAGUUGAACAUGGGAUGGGAUGACUUCCCAAGCUUUUUAAAGAAAAAAAAUCAAACACUCCUACCCCUUUCAGUCCAAAUGCUUGCAUGGCCUGAUCACACACACACACAGAGGAGUGCCAUCCAUUUGCUGUGUUGCCUUAUAUAAAGCCUUGGUACGAUUCUUUAUGGAUUCAUCUGCUAUGUAGAAAUGAGCUCUUUGGUUGUCUCUCUCGCUUUCUCUCUGUGUUUGAAUUGUUUUCUAGUGUUGCCUUAAGUUCCAGCCUGUUGACCCAAUAAAGUUUGUUAAAUGAA